AAUAGAGUCCUAGAAUGAGAAUAAAAAGUAAGUAAUAAGCUUGUCAAAGCUUAUUGGGGGCUGUGAUUUGUUUUUAUAAAUUCGGUUUAUGUGCAAACUUAGAAGAAAAUAACAUUUAUUUGUUACCGAAUUUCUCGAAAUUUAUUUAUGUGUGUUGUGUGUAUGUGCGUGGGCGCAUACACAUACCGCAGAUCAAAGACAAUCAAUGAGAUACCAGAAAAGGAAUAAAAUUUCUGCUUAAGCUUUUUAAAUAACAAAAAAUAGAAACAAAACAGUUACUAUGUAGUUUCGUAGGUUAGUUUUAUAGGCUGCAAAUUUUCGUAAUUGAAGAUGCUCAAAAUAUCUAUUUUGUCAAAGUGAGAUCAAUCACAAGUGGUUGACCGGACCGCACAAUCACAAUAGCUGUGAUUAUGAAAGAAUCACAGCAAAUUAAUAUUUAAUGUAACUGAUUUUGCAUUUGAAAGGUCAGUAGAGUAAAGGAACAGCGGUUCUUUAUUAAAGCUGAGUGUGUUAUUGGAUAUUCAUGAAUCUUAUGCAAUUGUACUUUCAAUCUAAACUAUAAAGUAAAUCUUAUUGCUUGCAGACAACCAGUGUAUAGUUUACCCUAAUUGAAGUAAGUUUGCUCAAGUCAAAAAAUCGCUAACAAUGAAGAUAUUUGCUACCCUACUGAUUUUGUUCUUAACUUGUGAAAAGAGUGAAUGUUCUCAAGAGAAAAUUGUCGAGGAGUUCAAUCUUCAUCCACAUCUCGACAUUUUAACAAGAACUAUUGUAUCAAAACUCGAUCCAGGAAAAUGUUUUGCCAUAAUCACCGAUAACCAAUAUUAUCAAUUGUUAAGAGGACCUAUCUUUGCCACUGGCAUUGAGGAUUAUCCAAUAUACCUAGCCCUUGUUAAUGAUUCUGAGGACCUUCUCUCGCCAAACUACAAUACUGUGCGGAUGCUGCAAGAAAUUCGAAAAGCUAAUUGUGGCAUCUAUGUAAUUUAUUUAGCCAAUGGAAUUCAAAUGGAGCGGUUUUUCAGAUUUGGGGACAAGCAUCGACUUCUCAGUAGUCAUGCAAAGUAUAUUAUUCUGCAUGAUUAUCGUCUUUACAGUACAAAAAUGCUUAGUAUUUGGAAGAAAAUUAUAAAUGUAAUUUUUGUCAAGCAACUUCAUCCCAAGAAAAGACACAAUCCUAGCAAUUCUUCAAGUCCUUGGUUCGAACUUACAACUGUACCCUUUCCAGCACCUCUCAAGAAUAUUUUUGUAACAAAGAGGGUUGAUUACUGGCAGGAUGGAAAAUUUCGAUACAGAGUACCUCUGUUUGAGGACAAGACAAAAAAUCUUAAUGAACAGCUUCUGAAAGCUGCUGUACUGGAACAUGUUCCUGCCGUUAGGAUUCAUAUUGAAAAUCAAAAUGAUUCAAAUUCUGGAGAAUUUUUUGCAGGAGUUGAAGUUGAAAUGUUAAAAGCUCUGGCAAAAGCCUUAAAUUUUCAAGUGGACUUUUAUAAAUCACCAAAUCAAGAAAUCGAGAAGUGGGGAAAAUUUCAACUCAAUGGAACUUUUAGUGGCCUUCUUGGUGAAAUUGUAUCAGGACAAUCGGAUUUUGCCAUUGGAGACUUUCACUACACAAGAUAUCAUUUGACCCUAAUGGACCUGACAAUUCCCUAUGACACUGAAUGCCUGACAUUUCUCACACCUGAAAUUCUCUCUGAUAAUUCUUGGAAGACUCUUAUAUUACCAUUCAGCCCAGAAAUGUGGAUUGGUGUAUGUAUUUCACUACUUUCUGUUGGAGUGAUUUUCUCAAUUCUUUCCAAUUUUUACAUCUACAUACACCAUAAAAUGACCCCAAAGAAUUCUUCAAAGAAACAUUUUCGUGUAAGGAAUCUUAUCUUUUGGACAAAUGCAAAGAGAGAGAUCAUAAUGGAUAACCAGAAACAUAAACCAAUCCAAUCAAUAAGAUCUAAAGACAUCUUUGAUGAUUUUUCGAACUGUAUCCUUUAUACAUACAGUAUGAUCCUCCUAGUAUCUCUUCCAAGACUACCAAAACCGUGGGCCAUUAGACUUCUUACUGGCUGGUACUAUAUUUACUGUAUUCUCUUGGUUGUAGCCUAUAGAGCAAGUAUGACAGCAAUCCUUGCUAAUCCCGUUGCCAGACUAACAAUAGAUACAAUGGACCAAUUAGCAAAGAGUAAGCUUGGCUGUGGAGCUUUUAUUUCAACACAAGCAAAGAAAUUCUUUCUGACUUCCCUGGAUGAGACCAGUCAGAUCAUCGGUGAAAGACUCGAUGAAGUUAUUAGUGCUGAUGAGGCUGUUGAAAAAGUAAGCAAAGGACAAUAUGCUUUUUACGAGAAUGAACACUACCUGCGAAAACUGCGCUCAGGAAGAAAUCAAGAAGCUCAAAUUCUACAUAUCAUGAAGGAAUGUGUCAUCCACAUGCCAAUCGCACUAGGUCUCCAAAAAAACUCUCCUCUUAAGCCGACCGCAGAUAAGUAUGUGAGAAGGAUGGUUGAGAUGGGAUUGGAAAAAAAGUGGCUAAGUGAUACCAUUGAGGAAUUUGCGUCAAGUGUCGAGCCCCCUCCCGAAGGAGCCAUAGUUAAUUUGAAAAAAAUGACAGCAGCCUUCGUGGCGCUGGGUUUGGGUUACUUUCUUGCUGCAUUGGCCUUAAUUGGAGAGCUAAUAUACUUCAAAACUGUUACCCAGAAACAUCCUUUAUAUGACAAAUACAACUUGGCAAAAUACUACGAGGAAAAGAAAUAGUUUCUCACCUCAAC